AUGCUCGAGGUGAAUGUCAAAUUUAAGAUCCUUGAAUUUGUACGUGAAACAACAUGGAUAUAUUAUCAGAGCAAUUUACUCCCUUCUUUGUCUGAGAUGCACGAGACCUUGAAGAGAGGAAGUACACCGGAGCUCGCUUUGAUGGUGGUAAAGGAUAGUUAUAUGCAUUGUAUAGGAGGAUGGAAGUCAGGGAUCACAAGAGGUCCUCUGGACAUCCACAGUUCCAAUUCUGCUACCGGCUUGACAUCUAUAAUCGUGGCGAGUCUAUGGAUUGAUCAGACAAGUCAUCUUUGCUCCGAGGUACAUUUUUCUUGAUAAAGUGAAGAGGAUCAGAACGUCAGAAGGUCCUUACAUUUAUCAUAUCGAUUCUUCUGUUAGAAGGUUGGUGCGUAAUGGAUCAGGCCAACAAGUUCGUACAUAUCUACCAUGACUACGUGGACACACAGACCAUCACUUGAAAGUGAUUUCCAAGGAUCUCUUCGUCCACAUCCAACAUCAGAUCUCAGGGAUUUACCGAACAAAGGCUUUGUGUUCUUUUCAUCUCCGUAACGGCCCCCAUGUACAAGCUGAACCCAUGGACCUGAUUGAUGGAGGGAUUUGCUCCCACGAGGAUCAUGUUCAGGCUCCACAUGUUUCUGCGGUUUCUCACUCCAGCAUGAAGUUGCAUUCUAGCUUGGUCCAUACAUGAAGAUGUUCACGGAUAUCUACUGUCUCACUUUAUAAACCUACAGUUUUGUCUUUUCUUAGGAUGCAGUGUUUGCCAUUUCAAGGUCUGUACUUUGGUAUACCUUGUAGCUA